AUGCGAAGACAUCUGCUGGUUUUCGUUAUUCUCUGUACUAUUCCCGCUUUUGUCGUACUUUUCUUCAAAACAAAUGAAAUCUCCAGUAACGUUUGGUCGGGCGACUAUACGCCGUGGCACGUGCCGCCAUUUACAACUCAGAUAAACUGUUCAGUGAUGCUGGAAAUGAUUAAUCCACCGUUUCGAGCGUUCUUAAUCGAUACAAGUGUCUUGCAAAGCCUUGAUGACAGCAGAUGUGAAAUAGAAGGGCAACGGAUACAAUUGGCAGUUGAUGUGGGACUUUUGAAGACGAUUCGAAAAGGAAACUAUGUGGAUUACGACAUUAUACACUAUGAGACGCCUUCAUACAAGGACUAUUUUAGAAUUUACGACGCUGAGACGAGAAUCGUACCUCGAGUUCCUCUCAUUGUCAGUGGAAACCUGUCCAUUCCUCGUGACAUUAAAAGGUUUCUUGAAGCUUGGAAGAGAUCGAAAUUUGUCGAAUGCCUCGGAUUAAACAUGAGAAGAACACUCAGCAGAUCGUAUCUCCCUCCGGAUAAAACUGUUAAAACAAUGUCGUCUUUGGUAAAAUACCUCACGUCGUUCGACAUCUACCCGUUUCUCAACGGUGGAACCUUAUUAGGUGAGUCAGAAAUGUUGGCUGCGAGAAAUUAG